GUAGGAAAGUUUUCCCGCGCUUGGAGGGAUCUGCGGAAGCGGCGCUGUGUGAGUGGAGGUUAUGGAGCGGUGCGGACUCAGUGCCUGGCAUUGGUGUUAAAUUUAUGUGUUCGCCUUCAUUCAGCCUGACAUUGAAUUCCUCCGGAUAUUUUCACGUGGUUUGAACCCGAGCCGCGACGAACAUUGGGUGUUUCUCAGGAUGCCUCCCAAAAAGCGCAGCAGCGGCAGCGGGACGCCUCCGAGCAAAGAGGCGAAGUUGAGCAACAAGAAGGAGAGCUCGGUGCUCUCCCCGGAAAAGCACAAAGAGAAGGAUCCAGAGUUUGUAGACCUUUGCAAGGACCUUUCGCUUUCCAACGUGGUGUGCGAUCAGGCAUGGAUGCGGUGGGAGUCAAUGGCGAACAUAGUCAACGCCUCUAACAAGCAUCUCUGGGGAGCAAGUGUGUUCAUUUCAGCUGUGGAAUCUGAGAACGUCACGUUCACCUUUACUGAAUUUCAGAAGGCUGUUGGUCUGAGUAUAAAGCAGUUUCUCACCCUGGUGCGAAAGCUGGAUGAAAGCCUGGACACAAUAAGCCCUAAAGUGAACUCUGCCGUAACGAGGCUCGAGAAGAAAUACGAGGUGUCGCUGGCUCUCUAUCAGAGAUUUGUGAAAACAUGUGCAAAAAUCUAUAGUGUGCCUGAUGAAGGGAAGAGGCAGGAGCUUUUGCACUGUAGCUGGAUCUUAUUCCUUUUGGCUAAAGGAAGUGUUCUGCAGAUGGAAGAUGAUCUGGUGAUAGCCUUCCAGUUACUUCUGUGUGCUCUGGAGUUUUACAUCAAGCACUGCUCGUCCUCCCUACUCCAACCUCUCUACAAGUCGACACGAAGUCCUCCGACCCGGACCUCCAGGCGGAACAAAGCCAAACCCCGUCCUAAUGAGAUGGACGUGCAGUUGCUGGAGACGCUGUGUAAGGAGAGCGACUGCAGCGUAGAUGAGGUGAAAAACAUCUACCAAAGUAGUUUCUGUGCCUUCCUGGACUCCAUGGGCUUGUCAGGAUCACAGGAACUUCCAGCUGUGGAAACUCUAUCCAAAAGUUAUGAAGCGCUCUACCAUAAAAGCAAGGACUUUGACGCACGACUGUUCUUAACUGAUGACGAGACUCUCAGCCCUGUCAAAGCAGAAUUUACAAAAGUAGAAAUGACUCCCAGAAAGAAUCCGUCUGGAGAGGAGAAUGUCUCUAUUCCACCACAGACCCCAAUCAGAGCUACAAUGCAUUCAAUCCAGCAGCUGAGGGUUGAGCUUACAUCAGUCAGUGACCGCCCUUCAGUUAUUCUCAUGGGUUACUUCAAGAACUGCACUGUGGACCCUUCAGAAGACAUCACGAAGCGUGUGGACCGGCUCACUCAGCUAUUCUGCCAGAAAUUUGCUCAAGCUGUUGGUCAGCGCUGUGAAGGCUUGGGCAAAAAGCGAUUUACUUUAGGUGUCCAACUUUACUACAAAGUCAUGGAGUCGAUGCUUAAGUCGGAAGAGAAAAGACUCUCCGUUCAAAAUUUCAGUACACUUCUGAACAACGAUGCGUUCCACUCCUCACUCCUUGCCUGUGCACUGGAAGUUGUCCUGGCAACUUAUGUUGGUUAUUCCCUGAAGAACGGAGGCAGCGAAUCUCCCGAAAUGAACCUGUGCUUCCCCUGGAUCUUGGAUGUCUUCCAGCUUCACGCCUUUGACUUCUACAAAGUGAUCGAAAGCUUCAUCAAGGCCGAGCCCACUCUGAAGCACGAAAUGGUCGAACACCUGGGCCGCUGUGAGCAGCAGAUCAUGGAGAGCAUUGCCUGGAAAUCGGGUUCUCUCCUGUUUGAGCUGCUGAGGCUGUCGCGUGAGGACGGUUCUGGAGAGCAAGCGGAACCUCCUGCCACCCUGAACCAGCCACUACAGCACAACCACACGGCAGCUGAUCUAUAUCUGUCUCCUGUGCGUCCGAGUCGUCGAGUUGCACCACCACCACCACCACCAGCAGCAGCAGCAGCAGCAGCAGCAGUAGCAGAGGCAGACAUACCAGCCCUGCCCCCAUCACAUCCCCCUGCCCCAGGCACCAGACAGCAUCGCUCCAACUCCCUCAGCCUCUUCUAUAAAAAAUUAUACAGAAUGGCCUACCUUCGACUGAAAAUGCUUUUCUCUCAACUUCUGACCUCUCAUCCCGAGCUCGAGGUCAUCAUAUGGACCCUGCUCCAGCACACACUCCAGAACGAGUAUGAGCUAAUGAAGGACCGACACCUAGACCAGCUGAUGAUGUCUGCCAUGUAUGCCAUUUGCAAGGUGAAAAAUGUGGAUUUGCGCUUCAAGACAAUAGUCACGGCAUACAAAGAGCUUCCCAACACAAACCAGGAGACUUUUAAGCGUGUGCUCAUCAGAGACGGCCAAUACGAUUCCAUUAUCGUCUUCUACAACUUGGUGUUUAUGCAGAAGUUGAAGACGAACAUCCUGCAGUACGCGUCUAUUCGGCCCCCUCCCCUGUCUCCCAUUCCACAUAUUCCCAGGAGCCCCUACAUGUAUCCCAGCUCCCCCCUCAAAGUGCCUGGUGGGAACCUCUACAUCUCCCCGUUAAAGAGCAGUCGUUUGACCCCAGCAGCCAUGACACCUCGGUCUAGGAUCCUUGUGUCCAUUGGAGAAUCGUUCGGGACCUCAGACAAGUUCCAGAAGAUCAACCAGAUGGUCAGUAGCACAGAUUGGCCUCUGAAGAGGAGCCUAGCUGGAGACUCCAUCCCCAAACCUCUGAAGCGCUUACGUUUUGAUGCGGAUGGACAGGAUGAAGCUGAUGGGAGUAAACCAAAUGGUGAAUCCACACUGGAUAAGAAGCUGGCUGAGAUGAGUUCAGUUCGCAAUCGCAUGCAGGAACAGAAAAUGAAGGAGGAGGCCGAGAAGGAAGACCCAGAGCCCUGACACGAACAGUCCUCAUCUUCAAACGGUCAUCGUUGCCAUGCGCUUCAUCUGCAGUUUUACUAACCCCCUCUUUUCUUUUAAAGUGUUUAAAUAUUCAGUGGAGUAAAAUGGAGGAGAGAAUACCAAUCAACUAUUGUAGUAUCACAGAAAGAUUUCGAGACAGUAGAAUGAAACUUCUAUUUCCCCCACUUUUUUUUAUUAGUUAUAGGUACUGUUGCAACAAAAUGUGCAUUUAUUUUUUUAAUGCUUGUAAAGCAUACAUUUAAUAUUCAUAUAAAAAUAAUUAUUAAAAAAAAUGUAUAAAAUGUUAUCGUUUUGUUCAAAGGAGUAUCAUGAUGCUUUGCUCAUUUUUUUUUUAAUAGUAAUCAGAUUUUACUAUGCGUUAGGAUCAGUUUGAGGAGGAUCAUUUCAUUUCUGCAGCGUGUACAUCAAUAACAUGCAGUUACACACAGCUGUAAUCUCCUGUGCAUGUGAAGAACGAUGGGUAGAAACUGUCUGCGCUGAUUUUCAGUUGAAACGAAGCAAAAAAUUCAGGACACUUUUUUUCAAUUAUUAUAUCUUUGGUUGUAAUUUUGUAAUUUAUUUUGGAUUAGUUUGUUGUCUUGGUGUGGAAAAAGCGCCUACUGUAAUAUCAGUCCUUUUAUUAUAUCUUAACUCAUGACUCCACAAAGCAAAGCGCCAGGGCGCCUUGAUGGCACUAAUGAUAAAAGCUUGUUUUUUUUUUAAAUAAAAGGUUAUUUUUUUUCCCUGAAAUAUUUUGUGUGGUAGGAUUAAAGACCCUGUUUUUAUGAAACGCACAGUAUGCAUGAGUGUGUGUGUGUGCAUGCAUGCGUAAGUGUGUGCGUUUGUGUGAGCAUGUGCAUACUUCUAUUUCUCUUUUUAAUAUAUUGCAUUUUUAUUUCCUAAAGAGCUAUGGAAAUGUUGUUUUUUUUGCUAUUGAAAUGUUAAAUGAUGUUUUUACCUUUUGGUUUUUUGUAUUACUUCUUUGUCAAAAGAUUUGUUUAUAACUGACUUGAGAUAAGAAAUUGAGGUGUUUUAUUAAUAUUUCCGAUCGUCUUAUAGGAAAAUAAAAGUUGAAAACUUGCA